AUGGCGCCCAGCAAGGGCAGCAAACGUCCCCCUACUAAAUCAUACAGUCCAGAAAUCCAAAUCGAGACCAAAAAGCAGAGGACCGUUUGUGGGUUCGAGUAUGAGAGCCUCUCUAAAGCAGGCAGUGAUCAUCAUAGUGACGAGGAUAACAGCGAUUCUUCUGAUGAUGAGACAUCGAAUCAGUUGUUUGUGGAAGAGAACUCAUACAUGAAGACUCAAGCUGCCGAGAAAAAUGUCACCAAGGCUAUAAAAGAUAGCACGCCAGCAGCCGUUGAGGCACUCACCCUGCCCAAGCUACCGGAAGGCAUGCAGUCUCUGCAGACUAUCAUCAACGAAUACAUGGAAUUGCAGCAGAAAUUAGUCGAGCAGAAGAGCAAGCUCGAUGAAGUUGAGAAAGAGCUCAGAGGUUUGACUAUGGAAAACCUGACGAAGGAAUGUCAAUAUAAGGUGGACAUGGACGGGCUGAGGGAGCAGGUGGACGAUCUAAAGGCCGAGCUUCUUCAAGUCAAAACUGAGAGAGCAGGCGCGAAGGAAACCACCCCAGGAGACUGUGAGAAUUGCGCGAAGCUCAGGUCGCAAGUCGAGCAGAUAUUUGACAAUUUCCGUCCCUCGAAGUGA